AAACAAAACUCAUCAAAUAUGGCUUCCAAGUUGGCCUUUCUUCUUGUUGCUCUCUUUGCUCUUUCACUCAUUAUUUGCUCGGUUGUAACAGCUAGGGACUUGCCUAAUCAGUCUUCCUCUAAUCAUGUUGAGGUAAUGGAGACAAAAUAUCAUGGAGAGGUGGAUGAUGCCAAAUAUGGUUACGAACGUUACCCGGGUCGUGGUGGCUAUGGCGGUAGUUAUCUUGGCCGUGGUGGAUACGGCUGUGGUUACCCAAGCCAUGGUGGCUAUGGUGGUGGAUAUCGAGGAGGAUAUUGCCGCUAUGGAUGUCGUGGAGGAAGGUAUGGAGGAGGCUGUAGAAGAUGUUGUUCUUAUGCUGGUGAAGCUAUGAGUGCACAACCCACGACUGAAGCUCAUAACUAAGACACCUUACCUGCGUAUUAGAAUUAUAUGUGCUACUUUUGUUGUUCUAGUAAAUUGUGUUUUUAUCUUGGAUUAAGUGUUAUUUUUGUGUUUAAACUUUACUUUUAGAGUUUGCAAGUACUCUGAACUUGAUUUGAGGUUAUUUUUGUCCCUGAAUGUUCGAAAUGCACUGCCCAUUAUCCCGCUUUUAAGGCGCCAUGUCCGUUUCUAGUGGAGUGAGUCUCACCAUUUUUUAUUAUUUUUUAAUAAUAAAAUAUUGGAUUAAGAAUUACUUUUGCCCUUGAACUUUUUUCUUAAAGUUUUAUAGGUACCCUAAACUCAAGAACAAAAGUGACUCUUAACCCAAUACUUUAUUAUUAAAAACAUAUAAAAAAUGUUGCGACCUACUCUACUGGAAACAAACGUUAUGGUAUCUUAAUUGUGGGAUGAUAAGGUAGCACAUUUCACACA